AUGUUAUCCGGUGUAGCUCUUAUCACAGGUGCAGGUGGUUGUGGUAUCGGCGCUGCAAUCUCCCGAGCCUUCGCAUCAUCAGGCAUAACCAAGCUCGUCUUGACAGAUAUAAACAGAAAAGGCUUGGAUCAAACUAUAAGUUCUAUCAAUUCAGCUUCUGAUUCAAGCAGAUGUGAGAUCCUAUCUAUCGACGGUGAUAUAUCAAGUACAUCUUUUAUGGACCAUCUAUUCAAUGAAGUGAAAAGUAAAUAUGGUAGAUUAGAUUAUGCGGUGAAUUGCGCGGGGAUAUCGGGGAACAACAAACCUUCUGAUCAAAGUGAGAUGAGUGAUUUCGAUAAGAUCACUGGGAUUAACUAUAGAGCGUUAUGGUAUUGUUCAAAGAAGGAAUUAGAGAUAAUGAAGUCCCAAGAAAUACCCAGUAAAGAUGGUUUAGAGGGAGUAAGGAGACAGAGAGGUAGUAUUGUUAAUAUUGCUAGUCAGUUGGGAGUGGUAGGAAGACCUGAUGCUCCUAUAUACUGCGCUUCCAAAUCAGCCGUAAUGGGCUUAACACGCUGCGACGCAAUUGAUGCAUCACCGUACCAGAUCAGAGUCAACGCUGUAUGUCCAGGAAUAAUCCACACUCCCAUGACGGACAACGCCCUUCGACCAGCUCUCAAAGAAGGUGAAAAGGACUUACAAGCUCCAAUGGAUCUUACCGAAUCAAUCAACAUCGCACCGAUGAAGAGGAUGGGUACACCUGAAGAAGUUGCCGAUGUCGUCGUGUUCCUAAGCUCGGAGAAAGCAAGUUUCGUGCAAGGGGCAAGCUGGGUAGUGGAUGGUGGAUAUACUAUUAAUUAG